CCUGAACAAGUAGUCAGAACGGUCUUGCUCGUUGCAUACGAGAACGUUGAUCGGGUAUACACGAAGGAAGAGGAGCCGAAGAUUUUAUAGAAAAUGAUUCGGCAGGUGGCAAUUCUUGCCGUCGCGGCAUUCUGCCUUGCGGCGUCUGAUCCCGUCCGUGUGAGGGCUCACGACAACGAUUUGGCCUUAAGGCUGACCUACGAUUUAGUAUGGAGAACUCAACGGACGGGCAAGUUAUCCAAAGAAGUUCAGGACAACGUGGAUCCCAACUUCAGCAUCCCGAAUCACCUGCUGACCUGGCCGGACAAGGAAGCGCUCGCGGACUUCUGGGCACGAUACCAGUACGGAAUGCUUCCACCUGGCGCAAUUUUCUCCAUCUACUACCCUGACCAGCUUGAAGAAGCUGUGUCGAUCUUCAAGGUCAUGCACACCGCAGCAAACCCCUGGCUCUUCUUCCAAUUCAGUGUUUGGGCGUUCAAAAACGUCAACCGUGAAUACUGGACGUACGCUUUAAACAUGGCCAUCAUGUACCGAGACGACUUUAAGUCAAUGGCUAUGCCCAGUCCCCACACCAUUUUCCCUAACUACUUCUUCAACACCGACGUCUUGCACCAAUUACACACCUUCAGAAUGGACUACCAGUACGAAGCUAUCGAAGGAGGAGAGAACGUCCACGAAGUAGUCGUGCCGGGCAACUACACCAACUGGUACAUCACGGGAUCAAUGAAUCCCGAAUCGAACCUCACGUACUACCUUGAGGACCCAGAUCUCAACAACUUCUACGCCUACCUACACGUCGAAUCGCCGUUCUGGAUGUCGAGCACAAUGUACAACCAGUUGUCACAUGAAUUCAGAGGAUCGGUUUACUUCUGGGUUCACCAUAUGUUGAUUAACCGUUACCGCAUGGAGCGCCUGUCCCACAGAAUUCCGAUGAUGGAAACUAUCGAUUGGAAACAACCGAUCGCCAUGGGAUAUGAUCCACAGAUGACUUACUCAAACGGCCUUCACUUCCCGCGUCGCGACGAAUGGACCAGAGUCCCAAUGUUUAAACAUCACCACGUUCAGCAUCUAGAAAAGUACGAAAGUCGCGUAAUGGAGGUCGCAGAGUCUGGAAUCGUUGUGGAAAGAGAUGGAAACCUCAAGCACCUGAACGACGCAGAGGGCCUUAACAUAUUUGGUAACAUCGUGGAAGGCAACAAUGACUCCUGGAAUUCAUUCUACUACGGAUCGGUGGACCACCUCAGCAGACACAUUCUUGGAUUCUGUCUUGAACCUGAGAACAAAUACCAGAUCCUUCCCAGUGCCCUUGAGCACGCUUCCACUAGCAUGAGGGACCCAGGCUUCUACAGAAUAUACGAUAAAAUCGACGACUACUACAGGACGUUCAUGAAACGCCUCGGGCCCUACACGAAGAAUGAGCUGGCUUCACCUGGAAUCACGGUCACCGAAGCUUCCGUUAGCAAACUUGUAACUUACUUUGAAUAUACCAACGUCUUUGUGACGGGUGUGAACAGAACCGCCGACAACAAAUGGGUGUCAUUCUACGUUCGUCAGCGCCGUUUGAACCACCAUCCAUUCGAUGUCAAUAUCAAGGUUCACACCGAUGAAGCAACCAAGGCCAGCGUUAGCAUUUUCUUCGGACCCAAAUACGACCAGUAUGGCAGAAACAUGACCGGCACAUCCAAGUACUUCUACCAAGUUGAUUACUGGGUCACAGAUCUCAAGAGUGGCGAUAACGAGAUCAUCCGCAAGAGCACGGAGUUCACCUUGUCCGUCGUUGACCACAAGAACGACGAGCACUUCUACAAGACCGUUAAUAAAGUCGUUCAAGGAGUGGACCCAGUGCCGAAGAACCCCAUCCCAACUGGAUUCCCGAAUCGCCUGGUUCUGCCCAGAGGUCGACCAGAAGGAAUGAAAUUCCAGAUCUUCGUGGACGUCAGAAAGUUCGACGAGACCAAGGCGAAAACGCUUAAGAGUCGGUUCUUCACCAAGGGCAUAACCAUAGACAAGCCCUUCGGAUUCCCUCUGGACAGACCGAUGAAGGCAUACACCUUCAGCCUGCCCAACAUGUACCUGUUCACCACCGACAUUCACUACUAUGAGGAUGAGUCAAAGUUGAACCUGACUGCUUAACCUUUAAGAUUAAGAUGGUUAAUCCAGACUGCUCGACGCUAAUGGUAAAACAAUCGCUCAGUCCAAUUAUCACUCUCUCGACCGAUUCAAGAUAUACGUUUUGGUCGAAUAUUUAAUCAAGUACACUGUAGAAGUUAGUAGACACAAAUAAAAACUAUAAUGCAUUCCGAA